AUGUCCCAGAGUCGGCCUGGGCUGAUCCCAAGUUUGCGCAUGGGCGAGGUCAUCCGCGAAAAGGUCCAAGAUGGACUGACCGGCGAGGCCAAGGAGAUCGCCUACACUCAGUGCAAGAUCGUCGGCAAUGGAUCCUUCGGCGUCGUGUUCCAGACCAAGAUGGCGCCCAGCGGCGAGGACGCUGCCAUCAAGCGAGUCCUCCAAGACAAGAGGUUCAAGAACCGUGAGCUUCAGAUUAUGCGCAUCGUGCGCCAUCCUAACAUCGUCGAGCUCAAGGCCUUUUACUACUCCAACGGCGACCGGAAAGAUGAAGUUUAUCUCAACUUGGUUCUCGAGUAUGUCCCGGAAACCGUGUAUCGGGCAUCGCGCUAUUUCAACAAGCUGAAGACGACUAUGCCCAUGCUGGAAGUGAAGCUGUACAUUUACCAGCUGUUCCGGUCGCUGGCCUACAUCCACUCCCAAGGGAUCUGCCACCGAGACAUCAAGCCCCAGAACCUUCUCCUGGACCAAUCCACCGGUAUUUUGAAGCUCUGCGACUUCGGUUCCGCCAAGAUUCUUAUCGAAAACGAACCCAACGUUUCUUACAUCUGCUCUCGCUACUACAGAGCCCCGGAGUUGAUCUUCGGCGCCACCAACUACACAACUAAGAUCGAUGUCUGGUCAACUGGCUGUGUGAUGGCGGAGCUGAUGCUGGGUCAACCCCUCUUCCCUGGUGAGUCGGGCAUUGACCAGUUGGUGGAAAUCAUCAAGGUGCUAGGUACACCGACCCGCGAACAGAUUCGCACGAUGAACCCUAACUACAUGGAGCACAAAUUCCCCCAGAUUAAGCCCCAUCCCUUCAACAAGGUCUUCCGCAAGGCGCCUCCGGAGGCCAUCGACCUCAUCUCAGCCCUGUUGGAGUACACACCCACACAACGACUGUCGGCAGUUGAAGCUAUGGUUCAUCCCUUCUUUGAUGAGCUGCGGGAUCCCAACACACGGCUGCCAGACUCGCGCCACCACAACAACCCCACAAAGGAACUCCCACCCUUGUUUGAUUUCUCACGGCAUGAACUUUCAAUUGCUCCCGAACUGAACUCCCAGCUGAUUCCGCCUCACGCUCGCCCCGCUCUGGAAGCCCGUGGUCUCGAUAUCAACAACUUCAAGCCGCUUUCCAAGGAGGAGAUGAUUGCUCACCUCGACUGA